CCUCGACCCCUUGAAGUCUCUCCCCCGGAACAGAAAUGGGAUUGAUGUGGAGUCAGAUGUCUACAAGAUGCUUCAGGAUUAUGAAAAGCCCAUUUCGGAGCCUAAGCAAUCCGGAUCCUUCCGGUACUUGCAGGGCAUGUUGGAGGCUGGUGAGAAUGGUGAAAAACUUGACAGACUGAGCAACCCCCGAAACAUCAAGUCCCCGGUGUCAAAGCUGGGCGGUGCCAUGACCGGGCUGCAGAUGCUCCCCGAGUGCACCCGCUGCGGGAACGGGAUCGUGGGCACGAUCGUCAAAGCUCGAGACAAGCUCUACCACCCCGAGUGCUUCAUGUGCGACGACUGCGGCCUCAACCUGAAGCAACGAGGGUAUUUCUUCAUCGAAGAGCAGCUGUACUGCGAGACGCACGCCAAGGAGAGGGUUAAACCCCCCGAGGGAUAUGACGUGGUGGCUGUUUAUCCAAACGCUAAAGUUGAACUUGUCUAA